UAUCUUCAUAACUGAAUUUUGAGCCUAACUAUUAUUUAUUAAGUAGAGUAGUCCUACCACAGAAAAGGAUGACACAGUAUUAUCCUUUUCUAUGGUCCUACUGUCCCAGUCGUGAUUUCCGUUUGGCGUUUUCAGUAGAGUUGUGUUACUUUUGCAAAUUAAUUUACUCCACAAUAAAGAAUUACGCAGAUUUUAAAAUUUCCAGACGAAGCGUAUAAUUCGUAAACUGGCUUACAGGGUUCUGAUCCUCCUCUGAUUGAUUCGACGAUGACGGCACCCAAGCAACUUUCUGAUGUCAACUGGAAAUUAAACCUGCAGCUGUCACAUUCCAAGAUGGCAAAUACGAAAACUCCCAAUGCUUUGGUGGAGCUAUCCCUCGGAUCCUCAGAUUGCAGUACUAAUACAGCGGUGUCCGAGAAAGUUGUGAUAGAAUUUUCCAAAGAGGAAUUGGUGGAUUUUUACCAUAAGCUCGAAGAAAUGCAGGCUCAACUGGAUUCCCUUCAAUGAAUUUCAUGAGAGCUUAACUCUCAGAUGACCAAUUAUGUCGUGGAAAUUUAGCCUAGUGUCCUAUCGAUAACUGAAUGCUGAUUCUGCUGAAUGCAUGUUUUUCUUGACCGGAGUUCAAAGCUGUGGCGGUAACUCAUUAAUAUUUGGGUUGAAGCCAUCUUCUGGACGCCUACUAUGUUGUCGGUUUCUUUCUGUGAUAAUUCAUAAUUGGUUUAUAAAGUGCAAACUUAUUAAUGUGAGUUUUUAUGUUAAAUAUGUAAAAUCUGAAACACUUGAACUCUGACUGGAUUCUGGCAAAUAUGG